AUGUCCCAGGAGGUCGACUUCAUCGUGAUCCCAGUCCAUGAACUCUCAAUGGAACAGCAGACCAGGAUCAAUGAAGCUCGCGAAAGUGUAUUCGGCAAAGACGCAGGAAUCGCCGAUUUUCAUGCUCACUUCGGUGCCGGUGCGAUGUGUUUGCUGCUCGGGUCGUCUCCGGAGCCAGCCCCUGCCGGCGCGUCUGUGGUAAACUGGCGUGCGUUUUGCAUCGUCCGUGAGAUGCCCCCGAUUCGUGUUCAAAGCGACGAGUUUCCUUGUGUGGGCGUGUGUUCGGUCAUCUCGCUGGUUCCGGGACAGGGCUAUGGGAAGCAACUGAUGACGAUGGUCCGCGACUUCGUUUCACACAGAUACCCCCUCCACCAAGCGCUGGGAUUCACCGGAGCCACCAACUUCUUCAAACAAUGUGACGGUUGGCAGGUUGCACCUGGACUUAUCUCUCGGUUUGUCUUCGUCCAUCCCGAAACGCUCGAGCCCGAGCUCGACGACGAUGGCGAUGCCUUCUUCCUGGCACUUCCGCACGGCGGAGGGAAUCGACUCAUCGAAGCUGUGGAAGCGAUUCCGGCUCCCCUCGACCUCGAGCGCCGGGCCGUCAUCCGGAUCCCUUUUUGGUGA